GUUCAUCCUGGAGCUACUUAACAAAUAGAAUGGGUUAGGCAGGCAGGUGGAGGCAGGAAUUGGCAUCAUGCCACUCCUGUCUCUUUGGCAGGCAGGAGUUACAUAAUAAAUGAACGAAUAAAUGAAUAAUUUUUUUUCCAAUGCCAGGGUCGAAAAGGGGGAUCUUUCUUUCUUUCUUCUAGAGCCUCCAUCCAAAAAAGACGUUGGGGUACCAUCUCCAGGACACUAGAGGGCAAAUGGACCAACAAGGAAAGAGUUCUGAUUUUCUCCUCCAGAGGGAUCAACUUCAGAACCAGACACCUGAUGCAGGACCUGAGGACCAUGAUGCCUCAUGCAAAGGCAGACACAAAAAUGGACAGAAAGGAUAAGCUGUUUGUCAUAAACGAGGUUUGUGAGAUCAAAAACUGCAACAAGUGCCUCUAUUUUGAGGCCAAGAAGAAGCAGGACCUCUACAUGUGGAUUUCAAACAGCCCCCAUGGCCCUUCUGCAAAGUUCCUAGUCCAGAACAUUCACACACUGGCCGAACUCAAACUGACAGGAAACUGCCUCAAAGGAUCCAGGCCGCUGCUCUCGUUUGAUCCUAAAUUCGAUAAGGAGCCUCACUACGCUUUACUGAAAGAGCUCUUCAUCCAGACCUUUUCCACCCCACGCUACCAUCCUAAGAGUCAGCCUUUUGUGGACCAUGUUUUCACCUUUACCAUUGCAGACAACAGGAUUUGGUUUCGAAACUAUCAGAUCAUUGAGGAAGAUGGCUCUCUAGUGGAGAUUGGGCCUCGCUUUGUUCUUAACCUCAUGAAGAUCUUUCAGGGGAGCUUUGGGGGGCCUACGCUCUAUGAAAACCCAGACUUCCGUUCUCCUAACAUGGUAAAAAUCCAUUGCACGAUAGCUGAAGUUACAAUUACUGUUCCUGAUAUACUAAUGUUCUUACAUCGAACAUCUCUCUGUAUGCUCCUGCAGCACCGGAGAGAGAUGCGACUGGCAGCGGCAGCCAAAGUGCGAGAGAAGCAGAUGGUAAAGGAGAUGCAGAAAGGAAAGAAGACGUCUGCGAAGGAGGACCUGGAAAGUGACGUUACAGCCGAUGUCUUCCUGACACCGGCUGAGGAAAAGCCCGCUGACAUUCAGAGGGAAGCGCCUGAGACGAAAGUGGUGAAGAAAAAACAAAAAGCUUUCAAAAGACAAAGGAUGCAGAUGGCACGCAGGUAACUGGAUGGACUGCAAUAAGCUGAGUGAAUGCUGCUGCCAUUAUUCAGUAAAAAUAUGGGAAUGUCACCACACAGUCAGGACUCAAGUACAGUAUUAGAAACAGUCCUUGGGAAAAUAUGCAUCAUGUUUUGUUGCCCCAGUUUAUGAACUCCUUUCUUCUUUUUCUGAUAAACAAGUUUUUCUUGAUGUAAUGUUUAUUGAGUUGGAGUAAAAACUCUUUUCUAUGUCAUAGAAAUAAAAUACCAACUUGA